AUGAGGGAACAACUGGAGACGGAUUCUGAAUGCCUGAACUUCCUGCAGAAUUUUAAACACCCCCCCCCCCCCCACACACACACUCACAUCCACCCCCCCACACACACAUAUAAAGCCAACAGGCACCAGCAGCUCUUACAAGUCAGCUUGCAGGACACAGAGGAGACAAUGGGCAGCGAGGUGGGGUUCACUUCUCUGGGGCUGGUGGCUUGGCUGUGCUGCCUCAGUCUGGGGCCUGUUGAGGGGGGGAAGGUACUGGUCAUCCCCGCAGACGGUAGCCACUGGCUUAGCAUGAAGAUCCUGGUGAAGGAGCUGAACCGCAGGGGCCACGACGUCUUGGUGCUGGUGCCCGAGAACAGCCUGCUGAUCCACGACUCGGCGAGCUACAAGACCGAGACCUACCAAGUUUCAUUCACCAGCGGCGAGCUGGAUGAAAUGAUGAGCGAGCUGAAGACAGGAUUGUUCCUGAAGCCCCCGAAAAUCACAGAUCUGUUUGUCAACGUGCAGCGCUUCGUCAACUUUACCUCAAUCCAGUUGAAAGCCUGUGAGGACCUGCUACACAACCAGCCGCUCAUGAGGCGACUGAGGGGGGUGGGCUUCGACACCGUGCUUACGGACCCAUUCGUUCCAUGCGGCUCCAUUGUGGCUCGUGUCUUUUCCAUUCCAGUUGUUUAUUUCCUGCGGGGACUUCCAUGUGAGCUGGAUUUAAAGGCUAACCAGUGUCCCACUCCUCCGUCCUACGUUCCUGUGUCCUACUCUGGUAAUACAAACAUCAUGACCUUCCCGCAGAGAGUCAAAAACGUGCUCAUGUCUGUUACGGAGUUGUACACGUGCAGAUUACUCUUUGGCCACUAUGAUCAAAUGGUCAGCAGGUAUUUGGGAGAGGACAUUACCUACAAAGAGCUUCUUGGUGACGGUGCUAUCUGGCUUCUCAGAUACGACUUUGCUUUUGAAUGGCCCAGACCUCUCUUGCCGAAUAUGGUCUUAAUCGGAGGUAUCAACUGUGCAAAGGGAGCUCCCCUUCCAGCGGACUUGGAGGAGUUUGUGGACGGCUCAGGAGAGGACGGAUUUAUUGUCCUCACCCUGGGCUCAAUGGUGCCCAGCAUGCCUGAGGAGAAGGCUCGACGGUUCUUUGAUGCCUUCCGGCAAAUACCGCAAAGGGUUGUGUGGAGACAUGCUGGAGUCCCGCCUGAGGGUGUGCCCACGAACGUCAGGCUUAUGCCGUGGAUACCUCAAAACGAUCUCCUAGCCCAUCCCAAGGCUAAGGUCUUCAUCACUCACGGGGGUACCCACGGUAUCUACGAGGGUAUCUGCAAUGCUGUACCCAUGUUGAUAUUUCCACUGUUCGGGGACCAGGGAGACAAUGUGCAUCGCCUGGUGACGCGCGGCGUGGCAGAGUCUCUCGGUAUCUAUGACGUGACGACCGAAAAACUAUUGGCUGCUCUAAAUAAAAUCAUCCACGAUAAAAGUUACAAAGAGAGGAUAGCGGCGUUGUCCCAGAUACACCUGGACCGCCCCGUCCCGCCCUUGGAGCUGGCUGUUUUCUGGACCGAGUUCGUCAUGCGACACAAAGGAGCUGCACACCUGAAAGUGGCGGCGCAUGACCUGAACUGGAUUCAGUACCACAGCCUGGACGUCAUCGGCAUCAUUGUCCUCACGCUCCUGAUUGUUCUGUGGGUGACGCUGAAAUGCUGCUUGUUCUGCGUCCGCAAGUGUUACAGAAAGGGGACUGCAAAGAGAAAAUCUGAGUAGUAUAUAUGUUUGUUAUUAAUGCAUCCAUCAUUAGGUUUCAUAAGAUCUGUGAGACAGUGAAUGAUGGAAUGCAUUGGUGUGUGCUUGUAAAAUCUCAACGAGAGUGCCAUGGCCACAUUGUCUUAUAAAUGUGCAAUAUAAUGCUGGCAAUGAUUGGCUGCAGCCUUCUGGACUCUACACACUUUGACCUUUCUCCAGUUGUCAGGACACUUAUCGUGCUGUACGGUCAGCUACAUGUCUCCCCUCGUUCAUUAUCCUUUUCAUCAUUCCACUGAGCUGCAUUUACCAAUGGUGUCAUUUUAAGUGUUGAUCAUUUCACAUCGAUAUAUGUAAUUUGUGUCAAACCAGACAGCCUCCUCCUCAAGCUGGUUGUCUACUGGUUCAUUAAAAGGGGCAACAGCCAACAUUGUGCCCCCUAGUGGUUCCAGUUGGUAUUAUUGUUUGGUCACUGUCAUAAAGACGCUUGCAGUAGCAAGACGCCAGUGAGGACGCAGGUACUUUUCCUCAGACUUCCAGAUGAGUGUGAGUUUGCAGUACAGGCCUAUUGGUUAAAGCAAGGCUGAUAGGGGACCAAUCUAAGACUGGAUGGUGUUGUUUUACUACUACCAUCACACUGUGCAAUCGAUUUUAACAUCAUAAUGACAAGUUUAAGCGGUAAAGUUGCCUAUGUCUGCUCUAAGAUCUUUGUGUACCAAGCCUUCCAACACUCCCUGUACCGUGAAUAUCACCUCCACCUGUGAAUCCUGUACUGUAUACCGUUCUGUUUGACUGUGUGAGGGCUAAAUACCCCUUUCUGAGGAGGGGGCACAGACGUGACAAUGACUUGCACUCAGCAACAAACCUGAGAGGACACUCAAGGGCCAUUGUGGAAACGUAAUAACUUUGAGUUAAGACAUAUUUUGCUAUUUGUAAGACCUUCAUUCAGUAUGUGAGUUUUCAUAAGAAUGUCUUCCUUAUAAGACCCAGUGAUUCUACGUCAUAAUGAAAGUCAAAUGGGCUGAAUUGUUUUACCUUCCAUCAUGCUACUGUACCUGCUAUAACAGACGAUCUAUUUGCAGACCGCUGGGGAAUAUGCUUGCAACUUUAUGUCAUACCCAUCAUCAUAACUACUGAUGCCUAUACUUUUACCAGAUGCCUAUAUGUGAGGACUGUGCUCACCUUCUUUCUGAAGUGUACCUUAAUGCUACCAUCUAGUGGACAAUAGAAAUAAUACGACACGCUUAUCUGCUACUUUAUCAAACCUUUUUCUGCUUUUUUCUGUGUAUUUUAUGUAACUCCAGAGGAAGAAAAAAUGUAUUUUCAGGUAAUGAAACAUCCGAGCCUCCUCCUGCCCCUUUUACACACCAUCAGAUAUUUGUGUUACAUCCUAAUUUAUGGCAAAGACUGUGCCAACUCCUGUUUUCAUUGUCGAAGACUUCCUGCAUGGCGCCCCUCUUCCUUUCUUCCUCUUUUCUUCUUAAUUUCAUCACAACUUACAAUGUGCCUUACCCUUACUUAAGUUAAUCAAGUCUGGAACCCCCUUAUUCCCACUCCCUGCUGAAUUGACCCUUGAAGCUCUGAAUGUACCCCCCCCAGUACUGUAAAUGCUUACUUAUUGGUUUGUUGAAGAAAAAAACACACAUUAUACCUUGGAAAAGUU